AUGACUUCGCCGGACGCCAAGAGCGGCCUUCCGGCCGGCUCCGAGCCACAAAGAUUCGACAAGCUGGGCAUGAUGUCGGGGGUCUUUGUUCCCGUCUUCCUCAGUAUCAUGAGCAUCCUCAUGUUCCUGCGCUUCGGCCUUAUUCUUGGCCAAGUCGGUGUGCUCGGCAUCGUAGGCCUUCUCGUCGUCGCUUACGGCAUCGAUCUGCUGACGAUUCUCUCCCUCUCGGCCAUUGCCUCCAACGGUGAGGUCAAGGGCGGCGGCGCCUAUUUUCUCAUUUCGAGGUCUCUUGGGCCCGAGUUUGGUGGCUCCAUCGGCAUCCUCUUCUUCCUCGCCCAGGCUUUGAAUAUCGCCAUGAAUGUCAUUGGCCUCAUCGAUUGCAUUCGCCUCCAUACGGCCGCCCUGGUCCUUUGCACCGGCCUUAAUCUUCUCGGCUCCGCCACCUUCUCAAAAGCGUCCAGUGCGUUGCUUGCCAUAUUGACCCUCUCGCUUGUCAGCAUCCCGCUUUCAGGCAUGUUCAAGGAGCCAUUUCACGACGACACUGCCGACGUCGAGUUUACCGGCUUUAGUUGGGAUACCCUCGCUGCCAACGCCUUUCCCCGGGCCGGCAGCGACGAGUACCGGGGCCUGACGACGUUUCGUCAGCUCUUUGGAAUCCUCUUCCCAGCCACCUCUGGCAUCUUUGCCGGCGCUUCCAUGUCGGGCAAGCUCAAGGACCCGAGCAAGGCCAUUCCCAUCGCGACUUUGUGGGCCAUGCUGACGACGUUCCUCAUUUACCUGCUCGUUGUUCUCUGCUUGGCGGCCAGUACCACUCACGAGUCAUUGCUUGCCAACGCCAACGUCGUUCUCCUCACCAAUCUGUCGGCGCCCAUCAUCCUGGCGGGCGAGUGUGCUGUAACCUUUGUUUCCGCCCUCAUUUGCAUGGUGGGUUCUGCGAGUCUGUUGCAGGCGCUGGGGAGAGACGGGCUUCUGCCUGGCCUGUCCGUAUUUGGGAUGGGCGCCAAGAAGAAUGACGACCCCAUUCUUGCCAUCCUGAUGACCCAUGUCAUAGCUCAGAUUGCGUUGCUGGCCGACUUGAACCGCAUCGCCACCCUGAUUUCCAUGGGCUACCAGAUGACCUUUUUCGUCAUGAACCUCGCCUGUUUCCUCCUCAAGAUCGGGUCGGCGCCCAACUUCCGGCCGGGCUUCAAGUUUUUUAACUGGCAGACGGCCUUGAUCGGCAGCCUAUCGUCUGGUGCGGCCAUGUUCUUCAUCCACGAGACCUACGCCGCCAUUGCUCGGUGGGGUGACGUGUCGCAGAAUCUCAUCUACCACCAGGUCAGGAAAUACCUGCUGCGCUUGAAGCCGGAGCACAUCAAGUUUUGGAGGCCUCAUAUCAUCCUUCUCAUCAAUGAUCCGCGCCGGCAGACUCGGCUGGUACAGUUUUGCAACUCCAUGAAAAAGGGGUCCCUGUACAUUCUCGGACACGUCAUCGUGACCGAGAACUUCGACAGCGGGGUCGACGAAGCCCGACUUCAGCAGCAGGCCUGGACGAAUUACAUAUCCGAGACUUCCAGGAUUAAGGCUUUCCUGCAACUUUCCAUGUCCCCCUCGCUCGUCUGGGGCAUUCGGAACCUCAUCCUCUCCGCCGGCCUGGGUGGCAUGCGGCCAAACAUUGCCGUCUUGGGGUUCUACAACAUGGAUGACCUUCGCAAGUUCAAGCCGGGAAUGCCGGUGCCUCAAGCCCCCAGGCGGCGUCGCGUGGACACAUCCGCCCGCCUGCUAGCAGGGGUCUUGCCGACGGACGUGAUCCGGACCGAGGGCAUGAUGUCCCCGACAGAUUACAUGGUUGUGCUCGAAGACCUUGCGCUCAAGUACCGACUCAACGUCGCCGUGGCGCAUGGGUUUGACUCGCUGGAAACACCACGGCGAGACGGCUCCAACGCCAAAAAGUACAUCGACCUGUGGCCCAUCCAGAUGUCGGCGGAACUUGCUUCUCACGGCAAGAAUGUUUUGACGACAAACUUUGAUACGUAUACUUUGAUUCUCCAACUGGGGCACAUACUGCGGAGUGUCCGAGACUGGAGGCGCGUUUACACGCUCCGCGUCAUGGUUUUUGUGGAGUAUGAAGGCGAGGUCGAGGAAGAGAGUGCGCGCGUGAAGGCGCUUCUGGAGAAGUUGCGGAUUCAAGCCCAAGUUCUCGUGUUCUGGCUAGCAGCGGGUCACUUGAGCACCUACGAGCUCAUCAUCAAUGGAAAAACCGACAACGCCGAGACCGAAAUCAUGGUCAGCGACGCGCUCAGGCACGAGGAAUGGUGGGAUGAACUGCAGGACUUUCGCGGCCAGUCUGACAAUAUGGGCUCGAGCCGGGAGACGCCGCAAAUGGCGCACUGGAUCGACCUGGCCGUCGGUCGGCCGGGCUACAAUCCGCAUCAGGAGAGCGGCUCCGACCGCCGACGCCAGAGCGUGACCGAAGUCACAGAAAUGCCCAAGAGACCCGAUAUUGCCAUGCUCGCGAAAUGGGGCGUCAAUGUGGGCAUCCACACGCACCAUCUUCCUGAAGAUGUUCUGCACGAGCCAAGGCUGGACGACGCGCUGUGCACGAUUACCGAGCACUCUGACUCAGAUGGGGAAUACGGCUUGGACCCGGAAGAUCACGCCGCUCAAGCAGCGCCCGGAUCUGAUGACUGGGCGAAGCUGCCGCUGCUGACAAGGGGACGCCAGCCGGCGGCGGGAGGCUCCUCUGCCAGGGUUGGACGUGGGCGACAAACCAAGUCUCUCCCAAUCGGCACCUCACAGCCUCCGACGUACGGAUCCCUAUCCACAGCUCAAACCUUGGCGGGGAAGCAAGAUGGGAUAGUCUCCCAACACAUCCCAGAGCUGGUGGAGACGGGCGCGAGCCCGCCACUUCAAGCCGGGCAAGAUGCUCAACAGGGGACUGAGCCGUUCCCUUCCCUACGGCCGCCCGCAAUGCCGGAGCUUCUCCCUAAUGCGCCGGGCCGGUCACGAUCUUCAUCGGCCUCGCGGUUCUCCAGCCGACCGGUGCCAGAAACGAGAGUCAUCGCGGAGGCAGAGGGGCCCAAGCUCAGCUUCGCACCGCUUCCGAGCAAACCUGCACCGGAGACGCACGUCGAGGGCGGCGACGCGACAAACGAUGCAGCCGGCGGCGACGAUUCAGGGGCCGGCUCGACGUACUCGACCCAGAGCGUCGCACUCUCGUUCAACGACUUGCCCAGCCGGGCGCAACACCUGAUCCUCAACGAGCUAAUGCGACAGCACUCCCAAGACACGGCGGUGCUCAUGAGCACCCUGCCUAUACCUUCUGAAGGGACUAGCCUUGACGAGACGGCCACGAUCCGGUACCUGUCUGACGUCGAAAUCCUGUACCACGAGCUACCGCCCACGAUGAUGGUUUUGAGUAAUAACAUGACGGUGACUGUAAGCUUGUGA